UUAGACGUGUUCAACUUUUGAUGAGAAAAGACAUUAGUCGUGCCGCGCGUCGCGUCCUUUUACCGAAGAAAGUGCUAAAGCAAAGGGUAAAAAAGUGUUGUGUUAUUGUUUUUUUUUUUGCCGACGUAUUGGAAUAUUUUUAUAUGUCUACGUCCAAUAAAUUCCUUUGUUGAUAAAAACAACAACAAUUUAAAGUGAAGGAACGCUAAUUAUAUGAGAAUAGUGAGCGAAAUUGGGUUAAAAUACAAAUUCGUGGGUUAUCGACACCAAUUCGAGCCGCAGCGACAGCAACAUGUGUGAAUGAAUAAUAAUAAAAUAGCAUUCGUCAGAAUCGGGAAAUGAAGAAACUAGUGCAACAAGAAUAAAGAGAGAAUAAAAAUAAGAAGUGCAAAGAAAACAUACACCAUCGAUAGAAACAACAACAACAAAGGCUCAAAUACAAAGGAUAAAGAGGACAAAAUAAUCGGAAAAACAGCUGUUUAUGUGCUGGAGGAGAUAAAAGCGACGUUGCAUUUCAUUGCUUUUUUUGAUGCACGAAAGAUUCCCUGAAAUAAAUUGGAAAUUAACUCAACAAAAACUAUUCGAAAUCCCGACCGCAUCAAGACACCACAGGAACUGUAAGGAACUCUGUUUCACCACUUCCAUUAACAAUUUUACGCCAUAAUCAUUCCCUAAAUCCCCCAAGAAUUGUAUGAAGCUAGUAAAGCGUUGUGAAUCUCCGUUCUGCAAACGACUUCAGGGAAUUUGUAAAUGAUGUAUGGCAUGUUGUGGCUUGUCCUUGAAGAACGUAUUCUAUUGACAUUACAACAUUAGUGUUGCGAACAUUAAAUCGAUGCCGAAAAAGGGCAUCACCAUCAACCAUCCAUCCGCAGCAUCUGAAAUUGAAUUAAAGCAUUGAAAAUUAUUGCAUUAUCAACAUUGUGACGACCUAGCCGCUUUCAUAUAAUCCAUGUUGUUGCCAUCGCCGCUGAUGCUGUUGCUACCAUUUCAAGCGAUAUCGUUAUUGUUGUUGUUGCUAUCAUAGCUAAAUGUACAAAGCCUAGUUAUAGUUGUAGUUCGUAGUGUUAACGCCGGCCGGCCACCUUAACCAGAGUGUAGUUUUGAUUUGUGGCUUGCGGAAAAGUAAACGCCAACCACGCGCCAACAACAUACACCGACCCAAGACACACACACCCACACCUACAAACAAAAUAAAUAAUCAUGCGCCUGCCUUAUCGUAAUAAGAAGACGACCCUGUGGGUCAUGCUUGGAAUUGUCGUUGUCACAAUGUUUCUAUUCAAAUUUACGGAAUUACGUCCCAUCUGUUUCUUCAGAGAUGAAGCAGUACCUGGCUCUGGUCUGUCCGGGCAACAGUCAUCGGCCAUGAUGAGAGGAGAUGCGAAAUAUGUCGAAGGCGACAGCCAAAAAGUCUAUUCGUACAGCAGAGACAUGCCAUUAAUAUUCAUUGGUGGUGUACCCAGAUCAGGGACAACGCUAAUGAGAGCUAUGCUCGAUGCACAUCCAGAUGUCAGAUGCGGUCAAGAAACCAGAGUUAUACCAAGAAUAUUGCAGCUUCGCUCUCACUGGCUCAAGUCCGAAAAGGAAUCACUGCGGCUGGUAGAAGCUGGCAUUACCAAAGAAGUCAUGAACAGUGCAAUUGCUCAAUUUUGUUUGGAAAUCAUUGCCAAGCAUGGCGAUCCAGCUCCAAGACUUUGCAACAAGGAUCCGCUCACCCUAAAAAUGGGCACAUAUGUGAUAGAGCUCUUUCCAAAUGCAAAGUUUCUAUUUAUGGUACGCGAUGGGCGUGCCACUGUCCAUUCGAUUAUUUCGCGCAAAGUGACCAUAACGGGUUUCGAUCUGACCAGCUAUCGCCAGUGCAUGCAAAAAUGGAAUCAUGCCAUUGAGGUUAUGCACGACCAGUGCAAAGAGAUUGGCAAGGAGCGCUGCAUGAUGGUUUAUUACGAACAAUUGGUAUUGCAUCCCGAGGAAUGGAUGCGUAAAAUAUUGGAAUUCCUUGAUGUACCAUGGAAUGACUCUGUUCUGCACCACGAGGAGUUUAUCAACAAACCCAACGGUGUGCCUCUCUCAAAAGUGGAGCGUUCGUCGGACCAGGUGAUUAAGCCAGUAAACCUGGAAGCCCUGUCGAAGUGGGUGGGCAACAUACCCGAAGAUGUGGUGCGCGACAUGGCGGACAUAGCACCUAUGCUCUCGGUGUUGGGCUAUGAUCCCUUUGCAAAUCCGCCGGAUUACGGUAAGCCAGACGCCUGGGUGGCAGAUAAUACAUCGAAGCUAAAAGCCAAUCGAAGGCUAUGGGAAAAUAAAGCUAAGGAAGUGUUGAAAAUGUCGCCCCAUCAACAACAGAACGCCAACGCCAAUGCCAAUGCCGAAGAGGAAGAGGAUAAUAUCAAUGAGACAUUUGCUCCAGGAAAUUCCAACAUAAUCAGCAGUAACAACAACAAUCAAUUCAAGCAUAACAAUAAGGACACCAAUAACCACAACACCAACGAUGGCGAUGACGACGAUGGCAUAUCGAUGCAGCAACAGCAGCAGCUGGAAGGAAAACGCUCUCAACCAUACCCCAUGGAUGGCAUCAACUUGCAAUACCAAGAUGAUAUCAACGGGGACAUCAUCAUCACCAACAACAACAAAAACAAAAAGAAAAACAAUAAUGAUAAUAUGUUGCAACAUCAGGACGAGCAGCAUUUUAACAACGAGUUAAGAGCAGCUCCUUCGAACGAUAUGCAUCGAAAGAAAAAACUGUUGGAUGUGGCGACGAUAAGGCAGCUGAAUAAAGAAAACGAAAACAAAUAAUAAAAAGAAACAAUGCUAAAGCAAAAAACACGAAGAACACCCAGCAUUCAAAAUGUCAUAAUGCUUGGAAGAGCAAGAAUGACAAUGAUGAGACCACCACAAAAUAAUUCCAACACCACCAACACAACGACCACACCACCACAGUCACCACCUACUACCACAGCAACUACAUGAAGACGACCACCAAUCAACCAACCAGCCAACCCUGACUUUUUACCGAUUUGUUUAAUGAACCGAACCACCAUCAUCAUCAUCAGCUAUCGAUCAUUGAAUGGAACAGAAAGUUGCCAUCAGCAUUAACAUCAUCAUCAGUGUAGUUACUGGGGGCAUAACCCACCACCCAUUUUUUAUUCCGCACUGGCAGAUUUGCAUACACACACACACGGGCAAACAUUAAGGCAAUAUAGAAUGAUAGGAAUAGAAUGCAGGAACACCUGUGAGUAACUCUUCAACCGGCGAAUGAUGCCGACACAAUCUUGUGUUCCAUUGUUGUACAAUUUUCUACAUCAAAUGCUAGAUAGCAUUGAGCCGGAAAUGCAAUAGGGAAACGGAUGUCAUCAUGAGCAGCAGCUAAAAACUGCAGACAGAGACCGUGCAACAAAGCCAUCUCAAUUGGAAUGAUUAAACAACAAUCGUUGUUCGCAAUCGUAUUGUGCGAUAUGUGUGUCUUUAAGUACCCGUGUACCGAUGCAUUUAAGUGCGAGUGUGGCGCCCGAAAUAACAAACUCCUUCUUACCAUACAUUAUACAUUGCCACAGAUAUCGCCUGCACAUGCAAGCCGAACGUGUACAUAGAGUCAGAGGAUAGGUAUGUAUCUAUCUAGGUACGUUGCAUUUCAACAAAAUCGAUAGAGCAGAUAAAACAAAUCGAAACCAAACCAAAUAAAGUGUAUUAAACCAUUGAACCAAUACCGUGAACAUAUAGACGUACGUACAUACACAAACCCACACACUCACACAUCCACACAUCAUUUGCUAUUCACUCAGAUCCAAGUACGCAAUGACCUUAAUAUUUUAUUUCAAUUGCUAAAGGGUAUCCUGUAUCAGCAACCAAAGUACACAUCCUGUACAUAGCCCCCCAGAUACAAUAUAUUUGGGAUAUUUUCUUAUCUACGAGACGAUUUGGGGGGGUUAAACUUUGAAGGUGAAGCGUUUAAAAUUUAAAUCUAUUAGAUAUUGUUCAUGAAAUUCAAUUCUAUGGGCACAUAAAUUGCAGAAAAACUUAGUUUGAAAACUAUAUUACCGAAUGUCCGAUCCAUAACAGAAACAAUAAGAUCCCUCCCAGACAACACCGAAUCGUAUUAGAAAUACAUAUUUUCACGAUAUGAACGCCCAUCUCCAAAUGUGCGAAAUAGAAUGGUAUCGCAAUGAGGAAAGGUAUCGCAAUGAGGAAACUGGGAAAAAUAGGGUAAACGCAUACAUUUGUAAUGUAAUUUCUGGUGGACUGAAUAUGAAUAUCAAAAUUUUAAAUCUGGUUGCCGUUUAUGCCAUUGCAAAAAGUAAUUCUUCAGAGAUUAACCGCUUUAAGGAUUUUAAUCCCACAAAGUAACUUAAUACACUGGCACUGGUACCCAUUUCAGUAAGUUUUUUUUUUUAUAUUCCAAGGAAUUUAAUUCAAAAUUUUGAUAAGUUUUUAAUUUUCGAAACAUUUUCGGUGUUUAACUUUGAUAUGAUGUACAGUUAGUUAGUGAUUUUAAAUAGUUAGCCAUACUAAAAUGUUAAUUUGUUUCGUUGUUUCGUUUGUAUUUGUACAUAGAAUUCAAUAUUAUAGAUAAAUCAACUACUUACAUUAAUCUAUAUACACAACUUCAAAACAUUGACAACAACAAAUAAAAAGCACGGAUUUGCAAAGCAAAUUUGUGAGAAAGUAAAUCAAAUAAUACCUAAGCGACUACAUAUAAUUUAUAUUACUAUUUAUACAUACUUAUAUAUUAAUAAUUAUCUAAUUUAACAUUUAAACGAAUGAAGAUAAGAACACCUCUAAAGAGCUUUUAAUAAUAUUUUAACAAUUUUUAUUUAUAUAUAUAGAAACUAUGUAUACAAUUUAUUAAAAAAAAAUAAAUAAUGAGAAAUAAGAGGAUCGAAACAAAACACAAAUCCUCCUCCAGAAUAAUUGAUAACAAAUAAAACAAAAGAAGAUGAAAUAAAACAGAAUAUGUAAACACACGCGUACAACAACCCAUCUGUACAGUGUAUAGUUAGGUAAAUUUAUUUUACAAAAUAAUGUGACUGAUUGUGUAUAAACAAAUAUAUAUAUA